GCUGGCAGUGGGCUUGGAAACUGUAGUUUCAGCUCCUUCAACUUGAGGGCGGGUUUCCUAUCCAGAGACCACCUUAACGUCCAAUAAUUCUGCCACAGGCGGUGCCGUGGUCUUCUUCUCCUCCCUUUCCCUUCUAGAAUGAAGUUCUCCCAGGUGUUUUCUGUGUCGUUGCAUGCGCUGGUCGUCGCAGUAUUUAUGUUUUCGGGUCCUACUACAGCUCAUAGCCAGGCCAAUAGACCGCUCAAGAGACUAGCACAUCCUUCUACGCUCUCUAUCGAAAUCCUUCCACGAACAAAAACACUACAUCUUGAAUCACGUCACCUACAGAACGCACGAACAACUAUUCUACAUCACAAUGAUUCAUUUAGAUUGGUCCUAUCAGCUUUCGACGAGAUAUUCUACCUUCAUCUCCGCCCUAACGAUCAUCUCAUCCACCCUGCUGCACGUAUUACUUACUUCUCCCCCGACGGACAACCACAAUCCCAACCUUUGCAGCGUGAAUCCGUCAAAGCCUAUCUCGGUGAAGUCAUCCAUGAAUCUCACUCCAAGUCCCGUAUGCGUGAAGAUGCGGCAGGUCUUGUUUAUCAUGGCAACCGCGAAGGUGAACUUGGUUGGGCAAGGAUGAUGGUCUGGCAUCAGGGGGAUGAUUCUGUCCCCGAUGGUUCACCCGUCUUCGAGGGUGCAUUCAGCGCACGAGGAGAUAUCUAUCACGUUAUGACCAAGGACAACUACUUGAAAACCAAAGGAAAACUGGAUGCCGAAAUUGGGAUCAACAACGGUGUAGUGGGAGAGCUGGAUGAAGUUCUGGUAAUUUGGCGCGAAUCCGAUCUGAUGUCCCCAGAGGAAGAAGCUCUCCACACGGGUGUAAAGGUCAAACCUCAAACAUGUGGACAUGAUGGAUUGCAGUGGAACGUGGACCCAUCUGUGAACCAGGCAUUGCAGAGUCCUGUGUCCUCGAGCAAUUGGUCAGGUCUUGACUUCCUCAACUCUCCGUUCGGAAUGGAUUCAUUGAGUAACUUUUCGCUGGCCAGAAGAGAUACCGGUGGUGACGCUGCCGGAGGUGGUAUGUCCACAAACUUCGUGGGGAGCAUAGGCAAGACUGACGGAUGCCCUACCUCACAGAAAAUAUUAUACAUGGGAGUCGCAGCCGACUGCGAAUAUGUCAAAAAAUACGGGACCAAGGAAAACGCCACACAGAAGAUUCUGAAUGAUUGGAAUAUGGCUAGUUCAUUGUACAAGACCACCUUCAAGGUCAGUCUUGGGAUUGUCGAACUUCAAGUACAGAAUCCCGAUUGCCCGGCGCAAGCGGAUUCUAAUUUGCCCUGGAACGUCGAUUGCAACGGCGCGGAACUUGAUAACAGGCUUUCAAUCUUCUCGCAAUGGCGAGGUGAUAAGGGGAAUGAUGGAAUCGGCCUCUGGCAUCUCAUGAGCGGUUGCCCUACUGGGUCAGAAGUCGGUAUCGCCUGGCUCGCCACGCUAUGCCAACAAACUGCUGGAGGAACCCCCGGCAACGUUGUCUCUGGCACGGGGGUUUCUACCGCCGGAAUAACGGAGUGGCAAGUUGUGGCGCACGAGAUUGGACACAACUUUGGCGCGAUACACGACUGUGCGGAUGGUUGUGAAUCUAACAACGGGAGCUGUUGCCCUUUGGCUUCCAAUACUAAUUGUAGUGCCAAGGCCAAGUUUAUCAUGAGUCCUGUUGCCCAGACUGGAGAGAAGACGUUUUCGCCGUGUACUAUUGGUAACGUUUGCUCGUUGAUGAAAGGUGGAGCCGGUGGUCAAACAAAUACGAGCUGUCUCGAUGAUCCGGGCGUUGCCACACGGACGACCUUCACCCUCAAGAUGUGUGGGAACGGUAUCGUAGAAGAUGGCGAGGACUGUGACCCAGGAGCUGGAAACAAUUCGACGUGUUGUGAUGUCAACACGUGUAAGUUCAAGAACGAAGCGGUUUGUGAUCCUUCGAACAGCCCUUGUUGUACAAAUCAGUGUACGUUCGCGCCCAAGAACCAGGUGUGUCGUCCUUCGAAGGACGACCGGUGUGAUGUCGCGGAGACGUGUCCUGGAAAUUCGGGUGCAUGUCCUAAAGACGUGACAAAGCCGAAUGGUCAAUCAUGCGGUUCCGAUGGCCUCGCUUGCGCCAGUGGUCAAUGUACCUCACUGUCGGCCCAAUGCAAGUCGGCCGGUGGGCCUAUGGGUCUCACAACUGGAUGUCAGAAUCGCGGCGACGGCACCUGCCGGAUAUCAUGUGAAGAUCCCAGCAAAUCCAACUCUUGUGUUCUACUGUCAUCGUUGCUCAUAGAUGGUUCACCUUGCGGUUAUGGAGGAAGCUGUGCCUCUGGGACGUGUCAAGCCGGUAAUCUUUUCGAUACCGCCAAGGCAUGGUAUACGCAAAACCUGCAGAUUGCUAUCCCAGUCACUGUCGUCGCUGGCAUUUUGUUGAUACUUCUGGUGAUACUCUUACUGAGAUGUCUGUGUCGUUUGGGUGGUAAUAGGCAAGUCUAUUCUGAGCCCGUGGUCGUCCCGACACUGGCCCAUCAGAGGUUGGGCAGUGAUAUGUAUGGACCGUAUCCCUCCAUGCAACCUCCGCAAGUUCCUCAAAUUUCUCAUCCCCCUAUCACAACGUACUCUACUUGGGUGGAUGAGAGACCCUACAACGGUCGAUAGAAAGUUCCAGACGAUUAUGGAUCUCUUUUCGCAUUGGACGCUCGUUAGUUCACCUUCGACACAUCAGCCAUACGUUCUUUUUCAUAUCUAUAUCAUGAUCUUUAACUAGUUAGUCAUUGCUUGCUAUUAUUCCUGCUUCUAGGGUGGAAUGUAAUAAAUGCUUGUAAGUGCUGUGAUUCGAGAUUCUGGGAAUGAUUAGUCGUGCCACCGCCA